AUGUUUGAAAUAUUUAAUAAAAUUAUUAAAAAAACUAAUAAAGAAAAGCAAAAAGAAGUUGGUAAAGAAGGAGCCGAAGUUGAUAAAAAAAAGCAAAAGGAAGUUGGCAAAGAAGGAGCCAAAGUUGAUAAAGAAAAGCAAAAGAAAGUUGGUAAAGAAGAAGCUGAAAUUGAUAAAGGAAAGCAGAAAGAAAUU